AUGCGCUGGGCGGGACUGGGCAGCGAGAGCAUUGCCCUGAUAGAAAGAUUUUAUAGCGGAUGCACGACGAAGAUCAGAAGCGUCCAGGGAUCAACGGAGGACGUUCCAGUAGAAGCGGGAGUGAAACAGGGAUGUCCGCUGUCUCCUAUAACAUUCAACAUGGCCAUUGAACCGCUGCUACGAGCCAUCCGAAACACGCCAGAAAACUAUAAUGCAAACGGCACCAUCAAUAACGUGCUGGCGUAUGCCGAUGAUCUUGUGCUGAUGGCUGAUAGCGCAGAAGGACUGCAGAAACUGAUGGACACUACAGCUACGGUUUCAAAAUGGAGCGGACUGCAGUUCAACACCAGAAAAUGCGCCACGUUGCAUGUGGACGGCAAACAACACCGAGCUAUUACUACAACCUUCAGCCUGAAUGGAGAAACUAUGAAAACCUUGGACAUGGACCAAUCUUAUGAAUAUCUAGGCAUCCCAACGGGUUUUCAGAGUUUCAGUUCGGCCGACGAAGUCAUCAGGGCGAUGAGGAGGCAUGCGGAGCAACUGAACAAUUCGUUACUAGCCCCCUGGCAAAAGGUGGACGCCUUAAACACGUUCAUCAUGCCGCAAUUACAAUUUCACCUCCGGAACGGUAAAACCACGAAAAAACUACUAUGGAUAUACGACCGGGAGGUGAAGACUUACGCCAAGAAGUGGGCCAAUCUGCCAAAGCGAGCCAGCGCUGAGAUCCUAUAUCUCGCCUACAAAGAGGGAGGCUUCAACCUGCUACCAACCUCUUUCUUGGCAGACAUCGGACAGGUCGUCCAUGCGCACAGACUGCUCACGUCCAACGAUGACAGCGUCGCAGAAGCAAGUCUGGCAGCGCUGAAGGAGGUUGUUCGGAAGAAAACGAUCAGAGAGGCCACGCCGAAGGAACUCGUUGACUACAUCAACGGAUCUGACGAAGGAUUGGUGGCAAAACCGAGCAACGACAUUAGUUCGACAUGGACGAGACUCAGAGCAGCCGCCAGACGCCUAAAGGGCAAAAUCAACUUCCUCCUCGAAUUGGACUCACUGCAAGUGGACGACAAGCGCGUUGAGAGACAGAAUUCAGAAAGCGCACUAAGAACAGCGGCGCGGAAUCACUUCCGCAACAAACUUAUACUUAAACCCGACCAGGGAAAAGCUAUGGAAGUGACAUCGGCCAACUCUGUCUCCAACCACUUUAUAAGAGAUGGCAGUUUUACAAGAUUUGCCGACUGGCGUUUCAUACACAGAGCCCGUCUGAACGUACUGCCGUUGAACGGGUGCCGAAGAUUCGGCCAGAACGACAAACGGUGCAGACGAUGCGGCCACCAGAACGAGACGCUGCCGCACGUGCUGAACCACUGCCGUCCACAGUUUGUCACCAUGACGAAAAGACAUAACGCGAUUCUAAACCGAUUGACAAAAGCAAUGAAGGUGCCACCUGGAUCCAGAACGUUUAUCAAUCAGCAGAUCCCGGGAUAUUCUGGAGCUGAGAGACCCGACGUAGUCAUUAUAGACGAAACACAGAAAACCGCCUUGAUUAUGGAUGUGACGGUGGCGUUCGAGAACCGGCCUCAAGCAUUCGUUACUGCGAGAGCUGAAAAAAUCAGGAAAUAUAGUGCCUUGGCCAAUCAUUUACAUACUCAAGGCCUAACCACCAAAAUCCUGGUAUUCGUCAUGGGAUCACUCGGGGGAUACGACAAAAUAACGUCGAAACCUAAUAGCCUUAGGAAUAGGCCGCCGCUACUCUGUGCUAAUGAAGCGCCUGAUGGUGUCCGACACUAUCAAAUGGUCCCGUGA